CCCGGCGCAUUCGUGUCGGCGACACCCAACGUCGCGUCCAGUACAGUACAGUGCAGUGCAGUGCAUGUCCAGACGCAGAGCAGCCUGCCAGGAGUGAAGAGGAAGAGUCGCCAUCGCCAUCGCCAUCGACGUCGCCAUGUAUCGCCGCAGUGACCCGCGCUGGAACCGGACGCUGCAGCAGAUCACGGACAACCUGGAGCACGCAAACGACACAGCGCAGGAGAACAUCUACGGCUUCACGCAGCGCUACAUCGACCCGUGCUUUGCGUCCGUCACCCGCUGUGUCAGCGCAUGCACCGCGCCCUGCCUCCCCUCUGGCCAUGACCGGCGCCGUCAUCGCGGGCGGUCGCGCGGGCGGGCCGAGUCGAGCUUCGACUUCUACGACGAUUGGGACCACGACGACGAGACGGACGGCUUGCUGGGCUGGGGCAGCGACAGCCUCGAUCGCUUCCUGAGCACGUCGGCUGGCUAUGGAGCAACCACGCAGCCCGCCCGCCAGCCGGCCAUGAGCUACGGCCAGCGCAGCCGCGAUGCGCGGUACAACACGCCGCGCCGCAACAGCAAGACCAAGCCUAGGACGGGGCCCCUCGCCCGCGACACCACCCAUGACCCCACCCUCAUCCCCAGCUCCUCGUACUUUGGCUUCCUCGGCCGCCUCCCCUUCAACAUUGGCGCCCGCGGCCUGCGCUACAAGCCCUCGGCUGCCGACCUUAUCGACCAUCCGGGCGCAGCACGCAGGAGCCUCGACGAAGACCAGCCCUUGAUAGACGACAGCGACCAUGACGACGACGAUGCCACCGGCCUGAGACAUUCGGAGCACAAGGGCCACCGCAGGCAACGAAGCGACACGCAUACCUCGGGCCACACGACCGACUCGCUCAGCUCCAGAGGCGACAUCUUCCCCAGCGAAGACGAGCUCGAAGACGCCGUGCCCCUCGACGACGAGUUCACCAUUGCCCUCGAGCGGCGCACCACCGGCCAAUGGACUCAAGACAGCGCCAGCAGCAAUAAGACGCUCUCUGCAACCAGCAACCGCCCCUCUGCCUCGCGCCUCUCGACGCGCACAACCCACCGCUCCUCGCCCGCCGACACCACUGACACCACCGACUGCAUCCCCACUCUCGCCCAUUUCGAAGAGCAAGAAGAGCGUCUACGCCAGCAGCAAGAGGACGACGUCGAUCGCAAGCGCCACAAUGCCCACCACCUCGCCGUCAAGCGCGGCUUAGCCUCAGACCCUGCCUCGCCCUUGCUCCCCACCCCGACCGCCACAACCAGCCGUGACCACCUUCCGUUUGCCAGUACUGCAGACACCCAAUCAAUACCCGAUACUGGUCUGGGUCCUCUUGAUGAAAACAGAGUGCAACAACAUGAUGGGCAAGACCAAUUCGUACCUGCCAGACUGCCGCACUUUGGGUCGGGGUAGACUGGCCUAUGUAUGCUCUUUCUCUAUUUCCUUCCUGUACUAUUGUAUUCUCUCCUGCCUUCUUCCCGAUACCAGAUAACGAAACGACACGUAUGCAGACAUG